UUGGGUGACAGGCGAGGCGUGGGGGAAGAGUUCAGCCUGAGUCAGUCUCAUUCACUGAUUUCUCGGCGGCUGGACCGAUGCUACCUCCCCAGGUAGCUCCCAACUACUCCAUCGCCGACCCAGUCCGCGCCUCCCGCAGUUGCACUCAGCCAGACUGACCUACAGACUCUCAAGUUGGCAUCUUUGCACCCAAGGGUGUCGCGAGCGGAGGUGGCGAGGACAGCACGCCUCUGGCCCAGCCAGACCGGCGGGAUGCAGUACGGGCAUCUGCACUAAGCGCCCCCACGCUGGGCACCGGGCGUUCUUGCUCCGGGCGGCCGGCCGAGCGGUGGCGGAGGGGAUGCGCCCCGGACGCUCCAGGCUCCUUCCGCAAGCUACCGCCCCGAGGUGGACCCCGAGCAGAGCUCAUCACAGGACAGCGAGGACCCCUGCCCCCCGGGGCACUAGGCUGCGGAGCCUCGGGGCAGAGUCUGCGGUCAGGAUGCCCUGGGCGCCUCCCUGCUUGUGAGGAUGUCCUUCUGCGAGGCUCUGUAUCCCCCAGCCUCGGUCCCUGGUGGGCACGACUGCGUGGGCCUGGCUUCGGUCCCUAGUGCCGGUGGAUGAAAAGCUCCGGAGUCCUUGAAUGUGAUCAGCUAUCGAAUCUGAAUUCUAAGAGCCAUGGACGAAGGCACCGGGCUGCAGCCCCAGGCGGGAGAGCAGCUCGAGGCCCGGGCCACAGAGGGAGCUGUCCAACAGAAGUGCGAACCGGAGACCUUUAGGUCCAAGAGUUUACCCGCCUUGAACAGCACCUCCUGUCGGCCAGAUCUCAACCCCACUAGCAUAGGCGCCAAACCAGGCUGUACAGAUUCUUCGGGGCACCAGGAGUUGAAACAAGGCCUGAGCCGGUUGGCGCCCAGCCUCUCCGCCCCGUCCACUUCCACAGAGAUGGCAGGGCUUGUGGACUGCAACCACAGAGUGGACGUCUGCAAAGCCAUGUCGGUGUCCUCCACUUUGGCCACGCUUCAGGGGAGAAGGUGCCUCUAUGUGGUCCUCACCGAUUCGCGUUGCUUCCUGGUUUGCAUGUGCUUUCUGACCUUCAUCCAGGCGUUAAUGGUCUCGGGGUACUUGAGCAGCGUCAUCACCACCAUUGAAAGGCGUUACAGUCUGAAGAGUUCCGAGUCAGGGCUUCUAGUUAGCUGCUUUGACAUCGGAAGCCUGGUGGUGGUGGUGUUUGUCAGCUACUUUGGUGGCCGGGGUCGGCGGCCCCUGUGGCUGGCUGUGGGUGGACUUCUCAUCGCCAUCGGGGCUGCCCUCUUCGCCUUACCUCACUUCAUCUCGCCUCCCUACCAGAUCCAAGAGUUGAAUGCCUCGGCCUCCAAUGACGGCCUGUGUCAGAAUGGCAACUCCACAGGGACUUUGGAGCCUCCUGCUUGCCUGAAGGACUCUGGGGGAAAUAAUCACUGGGUCUAUGUGGCUUUAUUCGUUUGCGCACAAAUUCUCAUUGGAAUGGGCUCCACACCUAUUUAUACCCUGGGACCAACCUACUUAGAUGACAAUGUCAAGAAAGAAAAUGCUUCCUUGUACCUAGCCACCAUGUAUGUCAUGGGAGCUCUUGGUCCUGCGGUGGGAUAUUUAUUAGGCGGACUUCUUAUUGGUUUUUAUGUUGAUCCCAGAAAUCCUGUUCACCUUGACCAGAAUGACCCUCGUUUCAUUGGAAACUGGUGGAGUGGAUUCCUCCUUUGUGCCAUUGCAAUGUUUCUUGUGAUAUUCCCAAUGUUUACUUUUCCAAAAAAGCUUCCACCUCGACACAAGAAAAAGAAAAAGAAAAAAUAUUCUGUUGAUGCUGUUAGCGAUGAUGAUGUUGUGAAGGAGAAAUCGAACACUACUGAGCAAGUGGACAAAAAAGUUUCUAUGGGAUUUGGAAAGAAUGUCAGAGACCUACCAAGAGCAGCUGUCAGGAUCUUAAGCAACAUGACAUUCCUUUUUGUGAGUUUGUCAUACACAGCUGAGAGUGCCAUUGUCACUGCUUUCAUUACCUUCAUUCCCAAGUUCAUCGAGUCACAGUUUGGUAUCCCGGCUUCCAAUGCCAGCAUCUACACUGGUGUUAUUAUUGUGCCCAGUGCUGGUGUCGGUAUUGUCCUGGGAGGCUACAUUAUAAAAAAAUUAAAACUUGGUGCAAGAGAAUCUGCAAAACUAGCAAUGAUCUGCAGUGGUGUGUCUUUACUGUGUUUUUCAACCCUGUUCAUUGUUGGAUGUGAAAGUAUUAAUCUAGGAGGCAUAAACAUCCCUUACACAACAGGACCCUCGCUCACCAUGCCUCACAGGAACCUGACCGGAAGCUGUAAUGUAAACUGUGGUUGUCGGACCCAUGAGUACGAGCCAGUCUGCGGAUCAGAUGGAAUCACAUACUUCAACCCCUGUCUGGCUGGCUGUGUUAACAGUGGUAAUCUUAGCACUGGGAUAAGGAAUUAUACUGAAUGCACCUGUGUCCAGAGCCGGCAAGUGAUCACUCCACCCACGGUGGGACAGCGCAGCCAGCUCCGUGUGGUUAUUGUCAAAACCUAUCUCAACGAGAACGGCUAUGCUGUGUCUGGGAAGUGCAAACGGGCCUGUAACACCCUCAUCCCAUUCUUAGUUUUUCUUUUCAUAGUCACCUUCAUCACAGCAUGUGCCCAACCAUCAGCCAUCAUAGUGACACUCAGGUCCGUAGAAGAUGAGGAGAGACCUUUUGCUCUGGGAAUGCAAUUUGUUUUAUUGCGAACGCUUGCAUACAUUCCUACUCCAAUUUAUUUUGGAGCAGUUAUCGACACCACCUGCAUGCUCUGGCAACAGGAAUGUGGAGUGCAAGGCUCUUGCUGGGAGUACAAUGUGACGUCAUUUCGUUUUGUCUACUUUGGUUUGGCUGCCGGCCUCAAGUUUGUUGGCUUUAUUUUUAUUUUUCUGGCCUGGUACUCCAUUAAAUACAAGGAGGAGGCACUGCAGAGGCAAAGGUGGAGAGAAUUCCCUCUGGGCACUGUGAGCGAGACUGUGGGCCACCCCGACGGUGCCGAUAAGCACGCCCGGACUAGAUCUUGUCCUGCUUUCAGCACCCAGGGAGAAUUCCAGGAAGAGACUUGUCUGCAGAAAGGGAUCCAAUUCACAGCACAGACCUAUCCAGGGCCCUUCCCAGAAGCAAUAAGUUCCUCCCCAGACCCGGGGCCGGAAGAGAGCCCUGCUGCCGUGUAGCCUCCCUCCCGAAACUUGAACAUGGAAGACUUUAGUUUUGUUGGUUGAGUUGAAUACUGGCGACUUGAGAAACACCCGUGCCUUUUUCUCUUUCUUUCCUUUUUUAAUCUCUAAAGACACAAUCCUCAAACCAACAAAGCUCAGUGAACACAGCCACUAUUGAAUGAGGGCUGGAUACCUCAACAAGACUGAGAGCCUUUCUCCCGAUUCUCUCCAAGCAGGAGUUUAGGUACACCUGUUACCAUUUCUGCUAUGUUAAUUUCAUGCUCAUACUCCAAUAAGUGUAAGGUCAAGGGACACGGUUAACACAAUUACGGAAGUGUAACGGCGAUGCAUCUUAUGAGUGCACACUCCACACAAAGGUGGGCUUGACCAUGGCUUUGCAUUUACAAAUUGAAAUCUUUAGAUCUGAACACCUACUGUGAGUUCUGCUACAAAGCACAAAUGAAUUUGCCUCAACUAUGCAAUUUAAUUGGGAAAAUAAGUGCAGCAUGCUGCUUUUGCUUUCAGAGACUACAGCAGAUAUGUUUUUGAAAAGAGGAAGCUCUUUGAAGUACUGUUAAUAGCAUUUUAAGCCAUAGCAGAGUUAUAAAUCAGGUAGGAUUUUUCAAAUGCUUCCAAGGAACCAUAUGCAUAGUGUGAUAAAGGAACACCUACUUCAUUUCAUAAAACACAUUCUCUUUUAGUCUGUCUGCCCCCACUCAUAAGGUAGUUAAGGAGGCUGCUAAAUCAUCUGAUAGCUUGAAUAUAAACUCCAGUAUUCCUUCAUAAGGGGAUUUAAAACUAGUGUGCUAAACAAUAGGACUAGACUCUGUAAUUUGAGAUGCAUAAUAAGGAAACUCAUGGCUUUCUCAUCCAAAAAAAAUUGCUGCAGAAAUUCUUUUAGCUCAUAAGGGCUCACAUAAGAGUAGCUAGGAUUUGUAAUCUUGAUAUAGUUGGAAAUAGGAAUAUAAUUGGAAAAUAGUUAGAAAAAGAAAUUUCAGAGAUGUGUGAUUGAGUCCCACCCUGUCAUUAUAAUGAUCUGCCUGGAAACACUAGCAAAUCUGUAUUGUUCUCUUUCUUAUGCAGAGAAAAUUGCUGUGGCUGUUACUGAAAUUAAGUCAUUAAACCAGGAGAGCUAUACCUGCUCUGUGGAAAUCACCUUGAAAACAGGAGGAGGGAGAUCUGGGAGCUGGACCUAGAAUAUGAUCCUAAGUAAUGAUUGAAAAAUACCAAAUAAACUGGUCCAUUGUCCUGAAUCCUGUUUCAUUAGGGUUAGAAUAACUUUACACUGCCCUUUGACUCCUUCCUACUGUGACCUUCCUUCCUUCUUUUGGGUUCAUUAUCCAUGAUUCUUUCCAGGACCUCCUAGUGCAUCACUUGGACUUAGGUGCCACCCAGGAUGCUUUCUACGUGGUUCUUAAGGCAGAUGACCCCUGACAGCACCAUGCACUGAUGGCAAGUUAACUCCUGGGAGCUGGCUGCUCAGAAAAAGAACCGUGACCACUCAGGUUUAGGAGGGACUGUCAGGUCCACACGCCAGUGUCAGCAUUUCUGCCAAGGAGCCUAUGCUUAUGUAGGGCUAAUCCGGGAAAUGGUUUCCUCAGCUGGUUUACACUCUUCCACAGAAGGAACGUGAUUAACACAACUGUCCCACGAUUCAGGUUUUUGCCCUCCACCCAUGGCUACCCUGUGGGGUUGUGUGGCUAUUCCUGGGUGCAGGGUUCUUUCCCUCUCUACCUGGGAUGGUACCAGUCAAAUGGUUCUCUCGGUUGCAUGCAGUUUGUGGAGGGUUACCACUCUUGGACUGAAGAAUGUCUCCAAGGGCUGGAGCCAGUGGUCUCAGUGACAAGGACUUCCCUUUUAGAGGUCUUGUUUGACUAAGGUAUUGUUGCCUACAGUUACUCUGGUGUCCAUCAACCUUUGGUCAACAUGGUGCAUGUGGAAGGUCUUUAGGAAAUAUUGUUGACCAACCCAGUGUCUACCCUGGGGCCUGAGGGUUCCCAUUUCCCCUCUAUGGGAAAUCUUUCAGCCUUUCAAAGAGAAAGUUUCCUUUUGUGUCGGAGCUACAGACAGGUAGGUUGGAGGGAGGUAGUGUUUUCUUAAUUUCUCUCCGAUUAUUAAGAAAUGACAUUAAGAAAAUUUUGGUGGGAUUGUACUUUUUUUUGUAGCUAAGGUAAUAUGUUCCAACACUGUUACAAUUUCUCUCUUCUUGGUAGGUGGUUUUGAAAAGGAGCGCCCUCAGAACUCCAGGAUAGGGAAUGAGGGAGGCAUCAAGUGUAAUUAGAGAGCUCCUCCCCCUUUCUCUACCAUGAACUGUCACCUGGCUCUGCAGUCAAUGACCUCCGAGCACCAUUUGACCCAUUACCAUCUGCCACUCUCUGAAACCCUUUGCGGUGAUUAGGCCAGAAUGCAAAGAAAUCAGCAUGAGUUGUACAUCACAACAUUAGUAUUGUACUUCCUCAAGUAUCUGGUGCUUAUACAUAGCAGGUGUAUCAUUAAUGUGUUAUUGGUGUGUGCGGAAUAAGUAGUAAAAGUUGUGGAAUAUAUACCAAGUAAGAGUUGUCCCCAAAAUGCUUUGGGCUCUGGUAGCAUCACUGGAAUAUUACGUAGUCACUAAAGUGAUUAUUUCACAGAUGACACCCUUUGUGUAUAUGAGGUUCUUAAAUGCUUCUUAAUAAAUUGGUUAUGUUACUUUAUAGUCACAGCUCCUAUUAUAAGUUUAAUUGCCACUUUCCAUGAGCUUAGACUUAUAAUUCCUUGUUUUGGAAAAGGUCAUCUUGUUUCUUAAUAAACUAUGUAGAUUCAUAUAGUAUUUGGCUUUAAUAUGCAAAUAUAAUAUCCUUGACUGUAGCCUAUUAAUUUAGAAAGCCCUGGGGGUGGGGUGGGGGUUGAAGCUCAUUCUUUGGCUAUUUUCAUUACUAGGAAAUCCUGAUCCUUUGUAGGUGGCUUUAAUUCCUGAAAACAGUCAAAAGUCUUUCAAAACCAAGGCGGGGAGGUGGGGGAGAAGGGAGGGGCAGAGAAGACACAAACUAGCUGACUAUUUGCAGAGCAUUUUGUCAAGCACUUAAUAUAUAUUGUUCAUUUUAAUCUUCUUAAUAACUUUGAAAGAGAACUAUUUAUGUUCGGUUCUUUUGUUUUUAUUGUUUUUUAAGCAGAUGGUGAAAACUGAGGCUCUGAGAGGGACAGUGACGCGUGGAGGACCGUGGAGCGGGCAGGCCACGGCUCGGACGUGGCCUCUCCCUCUCAGGGGCUCACCUUCACGCUGCAGAUGCUAGUUGCAGUGAACCGAGAUAAGAUGUGACUAGAAGACGGCGAGGUAGAUCACUUCAGCUUUUGAUGUGCUACUGUUUCUGAGGAGUAGAGAAGUUCUUAUUUCUUUAUGUAAAAUAGAAAAAAUCUGUAGGAAACAUUAAGAUUUAAGGUUUAGGUCUGGAAGGUAAAUUUACAUUUAUUUAGCUAAGUGUUAUGGUCAAAACUUUUUGUCAUAACAUACCUCAAGUGUUUAUUUAUAGUGUGUACUUAGUAUAGAACAAACCCCAUUUUGGUGGUAAUGUUGAGUCUCAGUCGAGUUUCUGAAAUGAAACAUGAGGAAAGGGGGUUCAGAUUUAUUGAAUCUGAGCUUUGUGAUUUCAUGGUUUUCCACCCCUCCUCCCCUUCACAAUGUUAACAUUUCCAUCAGUGUUUGGUGAAAAUUGGUUUAAGUUUCCUAAUAAAAGUUUUAAAUGAAUAUAUAUUUAUAGUGUUACAUGUUAAGUGAACAUAUACAACAUGUUACAUGUAACACCCCAGACCACAGCGGUGGCAGUUAGUAGCUGCGGUGACAGCUGGGAGCGCGCACUGGGAAAAGUCAGCCAUCAGAGAAGGGAGUUACCUGGCUGAGGUAACGGUGGCCCCCCAUUUUCACCACCCACCAAGAAAAUCCUUCCUCAGUCAGCAGUCUCAGCUUGCAUUCCUUGGUGGGCUCGGAGCAAGAACCUUUCUUUUUGGAGCUGGUUAUGUAUCAACCACAGGUGCACCGAAGAAAAGCUUCAUAGUUGGAAUAACCCGAGCAUUUGGUGGAAAUUCUCUUGUGUGGCAGGGACCGUAGUAGAGCCCAGGCCCAGGCUGGUAGCCCGUUCUACUUCGUGAUUUUGUGUGUAGGUAAGACACCCUAAAUGGCCCAGAAAUGUGAUCAUAACUAUUGAUGUAUUGGUGUGUACUGAGGAUUCUAGGAAGCUGAUAGACAUCUCACGACUGUGUAAGUCUGGAACUGCCUGCACUGCAGGCUUGCCGAUUCUCUGGUAUGCAGGCCAGUAGUCAGCCUUUACAUGUUUGCAUUUUCUCUUUCAUAGUGGCCAAGGGAGCGCCGUGGCUGACCCACAAAGUUAGUGGCCUUGAGCACUUUAUCUGUUCUGUCUUCUUUCUUCAUCUUUCAGGAUGCUGCUGGCUGUAUCCAUCCCAGAUAUCUUGCUACAUUGGUAUCAAAUCUGUGUAUGUUUGAAGAGGUUAUUUUAAGCACCUCAAUUUUUCUCAGCCCUGGGAAGGGUCAAAUAGGAGGAAAACCCUCCCUGGGUAUUUGCUUUUGCAACAUUAAAAAAAAAUGCCUUGGUGCUAGAAGUGUUUGAUGAAGCAUGCUCACCCAAAACACACGCCACUGAAUCCACAGUAUUUCACUGGUAAGGGGCUGCAUGUGCUUUGCUUUUGGAAAUCUGGAGAACUUCCUGAAACAAGCGCUCAUUACUCUCAUUACUACAGUUAACCCAUGAACAUGACAUUGCAAAAAUGAAGCGUGUAAGGGGGAAUCCUUUUUUCUAUAAAAACUCAGUGUUUUGAUAUUUAUUUUAGCAAGAAUAAUCAAAUGCUAGAAAUAAUUUCAGAGAGCGGGGAAAUAUUUCAGGUGAUCUUUUCUUAUUUCUUCUCCAAAAAUGUACACCUAAUGCAAGGUGUUUUUAAUACUGGGGUUUUGAAGGUGUUGUCUUUUUCUGGUAUUCUACUAUUACAUGUUAAAAUCCAAGGAGAAGGUAUCAUUAAAAGUGAAAACUAAUGUAAUAGCAGGGACUGUUAAACCAAAGGGGUGAGCAAAAGAAGUUUAAAGUUUGUAUCUAGAAAAGAAAAGGAAGAAUAAUUGGUAAGAUUUUAUUGUGGGCAUUUUUCUUAAAAUAUAUACCUCUACUCCUAACCCCGAAUAUCAAUGAGAAGCAUGAAACAGGCAGGUCAGCCUCUACUUCUUUAGUUGAAGGAAAUGUAACACUGUGUCAGGCCAGCUGGCGUUAGGAUCCUAGUGGAGUGUGUGUUCAGCGUGUGUGUGUGUUUGUGUGUAGGGGUGUGUAUGCUUGUGAAGAAAGGCUGUUUUGAGUUGGUGCCUAUAGAAAUUUGAUUUUGUGAGUUUUAAAAUGAGUAUUUAUUUGGUGACCUCUUAGGUAAUUGAAAAGAUGUAUAAUUUCCUUGUGUUUAAUGAAAUCUAUUGUCAAUGUACUAAUCAACCUUGGUUUACAACAUCUUGAAUACUUGAUCACUGAAAACUAAGAAAAAAAGUUUAAAAAUGAGA